GGCAGCGGCAACGGCGGUGAGCGGGUCCUUGUGGCCUAGAAAAAUCUUGCAAAAAUGUCUCUGUACCCAUCUCUUGAAGACCUGAAGGUAGACAAAGUUAUUCAGGCUCAAACUGCCUUUUCUGCAAACCCUGCCAACCCAGCAAUUUUGUCUGAAGCUUCUGCGCCCAUCUCUCAAGAUGGAAAUCUCUAUCCUAAAUUGUAUCCGGAGCUCUCCCAGUACAUGGGCCUGAGUUUAAAUGAAGAAGAAAUCCGUGCAAAUAUGGCCUUGGUCCCUGGAGCAUCAGUUCAGGGGCAGUUGGUAACAAGACCUUCCAGUAUGAACUAUAUGGUGGCACCUGUAACUGGUAAUGAUGUUGGAAUUCGUAGAGCAGAAAUUAAGCAAGGGAUUCGUGAAGUCAUUUUGUGUAAGGAUCAAGAUGGAAAAAUUGGGCUCAGGCUUAAAUCAAUAGAUAAUGGUAUAUUUGUUCAGCUGGUCCAGGCAAAUUCUCCAGCCUCAUUGGUUGGUCUGAGAUUUGGGGACCAGGUACUCCAGAUCAAUGGGGAAAACUGUGCAGGCUGGAGCUCUGAUAAAGCACACAAGGUGCUCAAACAGGCUUUUGGAGAGAAGAUUACUAUGACUGUUCGUGACAGGCCCUUUGAACGGACAGUUACCAUGCAUAAGGAUAGUACUGGACAUGUUGGCUUUAUCUUUAAAAAUGGAAAGAUAACAUCCAUAGUGAAAGAUAGUUCUGCAGCCAGAAAUGGUCUUCUCACAGAACAUAACAUCUGUGAAGUCAACGGGCAGAAUGUCAUUGGGCUGAAGGAUUCUCAAAUUGCAGACAUACUGUCAACAUCUGAGACUGCAGUUACUAUUACAAUCAUGCCUGCUUUUAUCUUUGAACAUAUUAUUAAACGGAUGGCACCAAGCAUUAUGAAAAGCCUGAUGGAUCACACCAUUCCUGAGGUUUGAAAGUCAUGGCACAAUGGAAACUUCACCAUACUUCUCCAGUUUACUUCUUGGGCAACUUAACUUUAUAUUAUGCACAUGAAGCUUUCUAGGAGCCAGAGAGCAUAUGCUGCAUGAAGACCUUUCUAUCUUACAUUAUGGCUGGGAAUCUUACUGUUUUGAUUGGAUAUCUUGUUCACACUUCAAGAUCAUUGUAGCCUUACCCUGGUUUUACAGAUGUGAAACUCUGGAGAGAUUUACUGAUUUUCAUAGGGUAGUUUCUCUACUAGAAACCUGAUGCUUUUACAAGCCAUUAUGAUUAGAAUGACUGAUACAGGCUUAGCUCUGUGUUAGAACCAGUCACCUUUAUCUUACAUCAAGUACUGCUGUUCAUAUUACUUUAGUUCUGUGGUAUAAUUGGGUUUUUAAUGUGUUACCAUAGUACAUGUAGAAUGACUGCUUUUGAUGGUUUGUGUGUGUGUGCGCAUGCGCGCCUAUAAAACACGAAUCACGUACACUGGUUUCAUUCCACGUAAGCAUUAUACAGUGUAUGUAGGUUGCAAGAGAUUGUGUUGAUCAUCGUUUAAUUUUAACUGCCUUUACUUAAUAUGCUUCAACUGUCGCCUUAACUAUUAAGCAUCUAGAAUAAAAGCCAAAAUAUAA